ACAAGACCAGGAAGAAAAAUACCAUAAUCGCCAUGUUGGAUUUUUGUAGAGAAUAUCUCUUAAAAUCCAAUCAAAGUGUCUGACCAUGUUUGGUUCUCUGUCAGCGUCUUCUACCAAAACAGAAGAACAUGGCUACACCAUGGAAUCUCCCGGUGCAGAGUCCUCUCCCCGAGACAGACCGCUCAUUGAUAUACCACGGAUCAUCACACAAAUAAAUACCGACUUUAGACUAUUAGACAGAGUGGCUUGUCUGAGUGAUAAGGAGAUGUGGACGUUAGGUAAUGACAAAAUCAUGAGACGGUACAACCUCAGUGGGAAACUAUUGAAGUCAGUAAUAACAAGGUCAGGGAGCAAUCCAGGGGACAUAGCAGUGACAAGGAGUGGGGAUCUAGUUUUUACUGAUUAUGUUGGUAGAACUGUGAACAAAUUUAGCUAUAGAUGGAUAGAUACAGUGACCAGACUACGGGGGUGGAGACCUCGCGGUGUCUGUAGCACCUCCUCUGGUGACCUCCUGGUUGUCAUGGAGAGUGAUGGUCAUAAACAAACAAAAGUUGUGUGUUACUCUGGCUCCACAGAGAAACAAAGUAUUCAGUACGACGACAAAGGACAACCUCUCUAUUCAUCUGGUGGAUUAUAUAAAACUAAAUACGUCAGUGAGAACAGGAACCUAGAUAUCUGUGUGUCAGACCGUGACGCCGGUGCAGUUGUGGUGGUCAAUCAGGCCGGGAAACUCCGGUUUACCUACACUGGUCCUCCUUCUACUACCAAGGGAUCAUUCUUUCCGCGCGGCAUCACAACAGACAGCCAGGGUCGCAUCCUGACAGCGGACCUUAGCAACUACCGUAUCCACAUCCUGGAUCAGGACGGACAGUUCCUCCGCUACAUUGACAACUGUCAUUUACAGGAUCCAUGUGGUUUAUGUGUGGACACCAGAGACAACCUGUUUGUGACUGAGUACACAACAGGUAAAGUGAAGAAAAUACAAUAUUACAUGUAAACAAACUGUGUUUAUAAUAAUUAAACUAUCUGUUUAUUUAUUUACAUGUAUCAAUAGUGAUGGAAAUCCAUAUUACAAAUGAAACAAACCAUGUUUUAUAAAAAUCAAAUAGUUCAUGAUAUUAAAUUACAUUUAAAUUAAGUUCUCAACUGAAAACAGCUUAAUAUUACAAGUAAAUAAAUAAAACUUUUGAUAGCAUGUUUACAUGACAACAAACUAUUUUACAUCUUGUAUGUGAACAAACUACAUGUAACUGACCGUGUUUACAUAAUGUAUGUCAACUGAUUGUUUUAUGUAUUAAAUGUAAACUGUGUUUAUAUAUGUAUGCCACUGUCAACAGACCAAAUGUGGUGAUUUGAAACUUAAAAUUCAAACAUUGCGUGCCAUCAAACCUAGUGUGUAAAAUUAUUAUAUUCAAUAUAUGUUAAAUUGUGUGUGUAUAUUUAAUCAAAAAAAGUAAAUAAACUGUAUAAUUAUAAAGUGUGGUUGAUUAAACCAAUAACAUAGGCUCUUGAUAUUACAAACAUUUUUUUCUCAGAGGUAGAAACUUUCAAUCGCUUUCGAUGGUUUUGCAAAAUUGAUCGUAAAUGUCACAAAAAGAACAGCCAAAUUUUUAAUAUAUUAAGGUUACCAUGGUUACUAUAACUGCUUGGAAGUUUGAGGUCAGCCCGUGUAAGUCUGUAUUUAUCAAAGUUUGGAUUAUUUUGUGAUUGAUCGUAACUUAGCAACAUGAAUAGCAUAGACUUACCUCAUACUAACAGCUGUUAUAUAUUACCCAUACAUGGAAGAAUUAGUAACAUCAUCUUCAAUCAGUCAAAUAUUGAAUGAUAUACACGUUGUCUCUAUGUGAUUAGUAUCCUAAUUAGGACAAUUAAUGAUGUGUAAGGUAUUGUUGUGAACGGUAUGGCUAGGCAUAGUAUUACAUAAUAGCAUGCACAUUCUCUCUAGGUGACCUUGUGUACUGCUUUAGUAUUGUGCACGUGUGUAGGGUUAAUGCUGUGUAAGGUAAUGUUGUAGACGGUCUGGCUAUAUGUUAUAUUUACUCAAUAUGCAUGUGAUGUUGGUUACUGUCGCAGUGUUGUGUAAAGAGAAAGAAAAAGAAAUGAGAGAAUUAAAAGGUUUAGGUUACACCUGACUGCUAAUAGAAAACGGGUAUUUAAAACCAGAAUAACAUAGAAAAGAUUUGACAUUUAAACACCCCGUCAACCUUUUAGCAUGGGUCUUUCAGUGGAGCGAUUUUAUUGCAUGAAUAAUUUUACUUUUGUGUCUGUGAUGAAUAUCUGAAUUACAUCUGGAUAACUGAAAUAGAGGAUAUCAAGUAAAAACCGACUUGAGAAGCACAAAAUGUGUCUUUAGUGGCUUCUUUUCAAAUGAACGGAUGAAUAGUAUUGACAAAAAGUUAAAGUAAUGUAAAGUUUUACUCGGUUGAUAAAUGACAAAAGAUGAGGGGUAUAGAAAGCAUUAA